AUGGAAAUUAGCGGGCCUAAUACGCAAAUUUCGCUGAGUUUUCAAAAAGCUGCCAUUGGCUGUGAAAUUGCCCAGGAGGUCAGUCGCACCCUCUGUCAAGCCAUUCAUUUUUUACUCGGUAGUCAAGCUCCUGUGAAAGACCUAGCCGGGUCCCAGUCUUUACAUGACGAAUUCUUCGUCUACCGUACUGGAGUCCACGAAUCCGAAGCCAGAGAGUUUUGGUAUCGGGCCUUUGAAGGAGCUGAAUCGGUUCAAUUUCCAGCGAUACCAUCGGACAUUUGCAACGUGCAUAUCGACGAUGAGUUGCACUAUGAAGUGCAAGAUGUGAACUGGCUGGAAAGCGAAUAUAACGCAACCAUAUUGAUUCAAGCUGCAUGGUCGAUCCUAAUGACACAGUACACAAACUCUUAUGAUGUCACAUUUGGAUUUGCAAUCCAGGAGCAGCAAGUGCCCCAUCAUGGGUUGCAAGUAGCUAAGUUUCCGUUACGUGUGUUGAUAGAUCAUGAUUGUUCGGUCGCAAAUUUACUUCACAAUAUCAACGCGAAAGCAGUAUCUAUUGCUCGGUUCCGGCAUUCAGGCCUCUGCAUGAUUCGCUUGGUUAAUGAAGAAGCCAGAAGGGCAUGCGAUUUUAAAACAAUUCUGGAAAUUUGUUUAGGACAAGCAGAUGACACAGAGUCAGGCUCGUUACCUAGCGAUGUCACUGCUUCAAACCAAGUUGAUGCACCUAAGGCAAAUUCGAAUGAGAUGAGAAAUGUUAAUGAAUAUGCCCUUGCUGUUAAAUGCCUGACCACAGGCGACUGCAUGAAACUGGCAUUCACCUUCGACUCCAGAUUGUUAGACAAAACACAAAUACGCCGCAUGGCAUCACAGUUGAGCCACAUACUUCGACAGCUCGCGUUGAAGUCUAACCGGAAGAAGAAGGUAAGAGACUUCAAUACAGCCAGCGCUGAAGAUAUUCAAGAGAUCUGGCAAUACAAUUCCGUCCUCCCAGCUGCGGUUGAGGCGUGUGUACACAAUCUCAUCGCGUCUAAAACACGGAGCUAUCCACAUGCACCGGCGAUUUGCGCAUGGGAUGGUGGACUCACCUAUCAGCAACUCGAUUUAUUAUCGACAAAGCUUGCAUAUCGCUUGAGCUGUCUUGGUCUUCUGCCAAAUAUGGUGGUGCCUUUGUGUUUUGAGAAGUCGAUGUGGACUGUUGUCGCUAUUCUUGGCGUUAUGAAAGUUGGUGGUGUAUCCGUCCUGUUAGAUAUCUCCCAACCAGAGGAGCGAUCAAGAAAUAUAAUUCGCCAGCUUGACGCAGGAAUUAUUGUUUCCUCGGCGCUUCAGGAAAUAUUGGCUAGUCGUCUACAUGGUAGUAAAGUGGUCACCGUGGGAAAGGACUCGGAUUUUAUCGGACUUGAACCAAACGGAGACCCACUACCGCCAGUCAGCCCUGAUAACAGAUUAUAUAUCGUUUUCACAUCUGGUACUACGGGAACCCCGAAAGGUGUGGUCAUUACCCACCGUAACUUUUGCAGCGCUAUCUACCACCAACGAGAUUUGGGGUUCACAGCGAGCUCACGCGUGUAUGACUUCGCAUCAUAUGCGUUCGACGUUGCGUGGUCAAACGUUCUGCACACGCUCGCGGCAGGAGGCUGUCUCUGCAUUCCGUCAGACGAGGACCGGCGACAGAACCUUGCGAAAUCAAUACAGUCUCUGAAAGCAAACUAUGUUGACCUUACUCCAACAGUUGCUCGGCUUCUAUCGCCCUCGGACGUGCCUCUGAUUACAACAUUAAAUCUAGGUGGCGAGGCACUGACGCAGGGAACUUUCGAUCACUGGCCUUCUCAUGUCAGAAUAAUUAAUGCCUACGGCCCUGCAGAAUGCACUGUUGUUAGUACAGUUGCUGAAGUUACCAAAGCAAUACAGGGCUAUCCACUCGAUCGCCAAAACCACGGGAUCGGAAAAGCCCUAGGGACUGUCACAUGGGUAGUUACAACUGAUGAGAAGAAGCUAGCUGCGAUCGGAGCUAUUGGUGAGUUAUGGAUAGAAGGGCCACUUGUCGGGCAAGGGUACUUUGGCGCUUCCGCUCAAACAGACGGUGUAUUUGUGCAAAAUCCGCCAUGGCUAGCCCAUAGUGGCCUUGGUCAACUCGGCCGUCGCGGCCGACUAUUCAAAACAGGAGAUCUAGUACGCUAUAAUACGGACGGAUCACUUUGCUUUAUUAGCCGCAAAGAUACACAGGUGAAAAUCCAUGGCCAACGAGUUGAGCUAGGCGAUAUCGAACAUCACGUACACCGUAUACUAAGCGAGGUUGAAGAUGCUCGCCCUAAUCACUUCAGUGGGCUCGCCGUAGCCGAAAUACUCACGUUCCGGGACAGCGAUGGGCCUUCCCUAGUGCUGUUUAUUUACCCAGGCAAAUCAGGUCCUGAAACUGAAUCGCACCGGGCUGUAGUGCAAAGGAUGACGGAGGGCUUGGCCGAGCGAUUGGAACAGGUUCUACCGCUCCAUAUGGUUCCAAGCGUAUUUAUAGCGGUGGAGCACGUGCCUAUGACUGCGACGGGCAAAGUUGAUCGGGGAAAGCUGCGCAAAAUGUUUGAAUCUCAGACAUGGGAGGACGUGGCUGAGAUGAGUUCAGCAGGGCGUCAGCGGCGUUAUCCGGAGACGCCUCAACAGAGACAGAUGCAGUAUCUAUGGGCUAAGGUUCUAAACCGAGACCCCGAGCAAAUCAGCAUUGAUGACAACUUCCUACGCAUUGGAGGCGACUCUAUCAAGGCCAUGAAGUUGGCUGGUGCUGCGAGAGAUAAAGGGUUAUAUUUGACAGUUGCACAAAUUUUCAGCCAUCCUCGGCUUGGCGAACUUGCACGUUCUCUUAACCGCAACACAUUUAACAUUGAUCAGCAUAUCCCCCCAUUGGCCUUACUAGACCCAAUGAUUGACAAACAGGAAAUUGUUCAAAAAGCGGCGUCACUCUGUAAUAUAUUACCCGACCAGGUUGAGGAUAUUUUUGGCUGCACACCACUUCAAGAAGGCCUUCUUGCCAUGACAACUCGACGUCAAGGAGACUACGUUGCUCGAUACAUUUACGAUUUACCACCAGGUACCGACCUUCCACGUUUUACUGAAUCUUGGGCUAGGGUAAUAACAUCGACUCCCAUUUUACGGACGCGGAUAGUUGAGCUGCCAGAUAUUGGUCUCAUGCAAGUCGUCGUGCAAGCUCCCAUGCCAAUUCUGCACGGUAGUGAUCUGGUACAGUAUUUGCGAAAUGAUCAAGCUCGCACAAUAGAACUUGGCGCUUCUCUUGCUAGAUUCGGCCUUUUGUCUAGCGGAAACAACACCAAAGCACAAUUCGUUUUGACAAUCCAUCACUCAUUAUAUGAUGGAUGGUCAAUUCCUUUGAUUCUUGAUGCGGUUGAUAAAGCAUACCAGGGCUUGCGGCUUCCUUGCUGGACUCCAUUUCAAAAUUUUAUCAAAUAUAUUGACAGCACAAAGGAACAGAAAGGUAGUCAAUUCUGGAAGGAGCAGUUUGAAGGGUACUGUGCACCCCAAUUUCCACCAUUGCCAUCGAACUUAUUCCACCCGCGGGCAAAUUCAGUUCUAGAACACUCAAUCCAAUUUUUCGAGUGGCGGGGCAGCAAUUUCACUUCGUCUACAUUGAUUCGCACAGCAUGGGCCAUUCUCGCGGCUCGUUAUAUGAACACUUCCGAAACGGUGUUUGGAGUAACGACAACCGGCCGACAGGCUGCGGUUCAAGGUAUCGAGUUGAUCACUGGCCCAACCUUGGCCACUACACCUGUGCGUAUUGUCAUAGACUGGGCCGACCAACUUGAAAACCUUAUGCAGAAAGUUCAACAUCAGGCAACGCAAAUGAUCUCUUUCGAGCAAACAGGUCUCCAAAAUAUUCGACAGUUUAGUGAGAAUGCCAAACAGGCAUGUGAAUUUCAGACGUUGCUCAUUGUUCAACCGGAAAGAGAACGGCUGGGGAAUUCAGCUCUGUUUCGCCGACAACAGAAUAAAGCUGAAGAAGGAAAUCUCAAUAAAUUGGAAAAUUUCUCAACAUACGCGCUUGUGAUAGAGUGUCAGCUUCAAGAGCGGGGUCUGAAUCUGCUUAUAAACUUCGAUACAUCUGUGCUGAGACCAGCAGAGGUAAAGCGGAUCGUGUUACAGCUGGAAACGUUGCUAAGGCAAAUUCGGUGUGAGGAUAAUCACAACAGACCUAUUGAUGGCCUUGAAGUUACGAGUGAACAAGACUUGAGAGACAUUGCGAAAUGGAAUGCGAUCAUUCCGAUGAAUGUUGAAGCAUGCGUUCAUGAUCUGAUAACGCAGAACGCGCGAGAACGUCCCGACGACCCUGCCGUGUGCAGCUGGGAUGGCGCGAUGACGUAUUCUCAACUGGAUAUUCUUUCGACCAAGUUAGCGCGGCGCCUACUCAAUUUAGGACUGCGCUCGGAAGCCGUAGUCCCCCUGUGCCUAAGGAAAUCGUCAUUGGUACCAAUUGUGAUGGCAGGAGUCAUGAAGGCUGGUGGGGUGUCUGUUGCCAUGGACAUGACACAGCCAGAAGAUCGAUUGCGAAGUAUCAUUGCUCAGGUUGACCCGAAGCUGAUAGUCACAUCAGCGGCGGAUGAAAGCAUUGUGAGUCGUCUCGGGAAGAAUGUAGAUGUCAUUAUCAUUGAGAAGGAGCUGGAUGUCAUCGGACUUGAACCAAACGGAGACCCACUACCGCCAGUCAGCCCUGAUAACAGAUUAUAUAUCGUUUUCACAUCUGGUACUACGGGAACCCCGAAAGGUGUGGUCAUUACCCACCGUAACUUUUGCAGCGCUAUCUACCACCAACGAGAUUUGGGGUUCACAGCGAGCUCACGCGUGUAUGACUUCGCAUCAUAUGCGUUCGACGUUGCGUGGUCAAACGUUCUGCACACGCUCGCGGCAGGAGGCUGUCUCUGCAUUCCGUCAGACGAGGACCGGCGACAGAACCUUGCGAAAUCAAUACAGUCUCUGAAAGCAAAUUAUGUUGAGCUUACCCCAACAGUUGCUCGGCUUCUGUCGCCCUCGGACGUGCCUCUGAUUACAACAUUAAAUCUAGGUGGCGAGGCACUGACGCAGGGAACUUUCGAUCACUGGCCUUCUCAUGUCAGAAUAAUUAAUACCUACGGCCCUGCAGAAUGCACUGUCAAUAGCACGAUUGCUGAAGUCACCAAAGCAAUACAGGGCUAUCCACUCGAUCGCCAAAACCACGGGAUCGGAAAAGCCCUAGGGACUGUCACAUGGGUAGUUACAACUGAUGAGAAGAAGCUAGCUGCGAUCGGAGCUAUUGGUGAGUUAUGGAUAGAAGGGCCACUUGUCGGGCAAGGGUACUUUGGCGCUUCCGCUCAAACAGACGGUGUAUUUGUGCAAAAUCCGCCAUGGCUAGCCCAUAGUGGCCUUGGUCAACUCGGCCGUCGCGGCCGACUAUUCAAAACAGGAGAUCUAGUACGCUAUAAUACGGACGGAUCACUUUGCUUUAUUAGCCGCAAAGAUACACAGGUGAAAAUCCAUGGCCAACGAGUUGAGCUAGGCGAUAUCGAACAUCACGUACACCGUAUACUAAGCGAGGUUGAAGAUGCUCGCCCUAAUCACUUCAGUGGGCUCGCCGUAGCCGAAAUACUCACGUUCCGGGACAGCGAUGGGCCUUCCCUAGUGCUGUUUAUUUACCCAGGCAAAUCAGGUCCUGAAACUGAAUCGCACCGGGCUGUAGUGCAAAGGAUGACGGAGGGCUUGGCCGAGCGAUUGGAACAGGUUCUACCGCUCCAUAUGGUUCCAAGCGUAUUUAUAGCGGUGGAGCACGUGCCUAUGACUGCGACGGGCAAAGUUGAUCGGGGAAAGCUGCGCAAAAUGUUUGAAUCUCAGACAUGGGAGGACGUGGCUGAGAUGAAUUCAGCAGGGCGUCAGCGGCGUUAUCCGGAGACGCCUCAACAGAGACAGAUGCAGUAUCUAUGGGCUAAGGUUCUAAACCGAGACCCCGAGCAAAUCAGCAUUGAUGACAACUUCCUGCGCAUUGGAGGCGACUCUAUCAAGGCCAUGCAACUUUCAGCUACUGCCAGAGGCGAAGGGCUAUCGCUUCUUGUUGCUAAUAUACUACGAUAUCCUAAACUCAUCGACCUGACAAAGGUGGUGAGCAGAGACGACAUUAAAAGAGUCGAGGACCCACUUCCGUUCUCUCUCUUGAAACCUAAUUUCGAUUCGUCUUAUGUUCGUGAAAGAGCGAUCUCGAUAUGCAACGCAGAGAUUGAAGAUAUAUUUCCCUGUACGCCUCUCCAGGAAGGCCUUCUUUCUUUGACAGCACAACGGAGUGGAGACUACAUUGCCCGUUUUGUAUUCCAACUGCGUUCGCACGUAGAAGUGCCUCGCUUUGUUGCCAUAUGGCAUCAGAUGGCCAGAAGUUUGCCUAUUUUGCGAACGCGAUUUAUCUCCUUGCCAGAGUGUGGGACUCUACAGGCCAUUACAACCGAGGUAAACAGCUGGUAUCAUGGAAGCGAUUUGGAGAAGUAUGUGGCAGAAGAUCAAACUCGUACUUUUGAGUUCGGGAACCCUUUUUCAAGGACCGGACUUAUUAAGGACGAGAGAUCGAGCGAAACAUUUUUCGUUUGGACAAUCCACCACGCUUUGUAUGACGCAUGGUCUAUCAGGCUCCUCUUAAACCAGAUCCAGCACGCUUAUGAAGGAUAUCGAAGUCUUACUUCUACUCCUUUCCAGAACUUCAUUAGGUACCUGACCAGUAUCAACAAGUCUUCUGGCGUAUCUUUCUGGAGACAGCAAUUUACGGGACUUCAAACUUUUCCGUUUCCAGCUUUGCCGUCGCCUCUUUACCAUCCACUGGCUGACCAGCAGGUGGGACGAAAAUUGGUACUUCCUAAAUGGAACACCGUUGGUUUUAUGCCAUCGGUUCUCAUCAGGUGUGCUUGGGCGAUCAUUGUUGCGAAAAUUAACAGGUCACAUGAGACAGUGUUUGGGAGCGUGGUAUCUGGUCGACAGGCUCCGAUUGUGGACAUAGAACAGAUCAUAGGACCAACAAUCGCAACGGUGCCCAUCCGCAUUAAAUUUGAUCAGGAUGAAACGAUUCGACAUGUUCUGGAAAAUGCUCAGAUACAAGCUGCUGAUAUGAUUGCCUUUGAGCAGUUUGGACUUCAGAAGAUACGUCUUAUUAGUGAGGAAGCGGAAAUUGCAUGUCAAUUUCAGACACUACUUGUUGUUGAACCGACACAAACAACCGACGCGGAACCAGGCAUUUUUACGCUACACAAAAAGAGCAUAGAGGCAACACCUACAACACUCAACAAUUUCAGCACAUACGCGCUCUCUUUAAUAUGCCAGCUCGAAGAGCAGGGACUUGAUUUGAAGGCGCACUUCGACUCUAUCACUUUAGCACCCGCAUACGUUGAUCGAAUGAUGAAGCAAUUUGAGCACAUAUUACGUCAGCUGAUGGUGGAAGUAAACCACUCUAAAUGUGUACAUGACUUGAGCUUACUCAGCCCCUACGACAUCCAAGAGAUCUGGAAGUGGAACGCGGAGGUGCCAGCCCCCACCGAGACGUGUAUACAUGGUAUUAUCUCGGACCAUGCACGCCACUAUCCUCUCGCCCCCGCUAUUUGCGCAUGGGACGGAGAUUUGACUUAUGCACAGUUAGACAGCCUAUCCACCCAGCUUGCAGAUCAGCUGGUCGAAUUGGGUGUGAAACAGGAAGUUUUGGUUCCGCUGUGUUUUGAGAAAUCCAUGUGGGUGCCCGUGGCCAUGCUUGGUGUCUUGAAAGCUGGUGGCGCCUUUGUUCCUCUUGAUACCUCGCAAGCUGUCGACCGUGCCAAGGCCAUACUUGACGAGAUCAAACCUGUCGUCGCCGUCGUGUCCAAAGGGAAUCAGCAGUUCAUCCAACAGCUGGGAUAUCCCUCUCUGGUGCCGGAGGAGUCUGCGACGGCAGGCCAAAGCAACAGGCGUCAUUUCAUCCCAAGAACUACCCCUCCUCAUUCGGCAGCAUAUGUCAUCUUUACAUCUGGCAGCACAGGAACACCUAAAGGUGUCAUUAUCGAGCACCAGGCUGCGAGCACAAGCUUGUUAGCCCAUGGAGCUAAAUUGGGCCUAUGCAGGGCCUCAAGGUUUCUUCAAUUUGCGUCUCAUUCCUUCGAUGCUAGCAUUAUGGAGAUUUUUGCGACUCUCAUAUAUGGUGGAUGUGUCUGUGUGCCCUCAGAGGAAUCCCGGCUCCCAGGAUUGACAAUGAACAUCAACGAUAUGGAAGUCAACACUUUGUUUCUCACGCCAUCUGUAGCUCGUCUCUUGCAGCCAGAUAAACUUAGUUCACUCACAACCCUUGCAAUAGGAGGAGAGGCCGUAUCGUCUAGCGAUAUUGAGCGAUGGAGAAAGUUACCGAGGCUCCUUGAAGUUUAUGGGCCAACAGAAUGCACAAUUCUGAGUGUGAUGCAGCUCCUGACAGCGAACAUUCCACCAUUUACAAUUGGAAAGGCGGUUGGCUCGGUUGCCUGGGUGGUAGACCCUAACAACCAUGAAAACCUCAUGCCAGUCGGAGCAAUUGGUGAGUUGCUGAUUGAAGGCCAUAUUCUAGCCCGCGGGUAUUUGAAUGAUCCAUCCCGAACAGCCACAUCGUUUAUCAAUGAUCCACCAUGGCUGCUGCAAGGAGCUAGUGGCUACCCCGGGCGUUGUGGGCGCCUGUACAAGACUGGGGACCUGGUCCAGUAUGAUCAAGAGGGUAGACUGGUCUUCAUUGGACGCAAAGAUACACAGGUGAAGAUCCGCGGUCAGCGGAUCGAGCUGGGUGAAGUAGAGCAUCACAUCCGCGAGUGCCUCCCAGAGGUUAUCCAGGUCGCGGCCGAGGUCAUCGUCCCGGCUGGUGAGCGUGCUAAUUCUAUGUUGGCCGCUUUCCUCGUCACCGACCCUACAAGUCAAGCCUGUGAACAAACCCGGCCUGUCGCUCCUAUCACAGCGUUCUCGGCAUCCGCCUCCAUCGAAGACGCACUUGCCGAACGCCUGCCUAGCUACAUGCUCGGAGCUUCAUUUUCCGUCACCCAGCUUGCUCGGCUCCAUGGCGCUGUCGACGGCGAGAAGCGUGCCCCCACUACCGAUCUCGAGCGUACGCUGCAACAACUCUGGGCUCGCGUGCUCAACAUCGAUCCGGCCACCAUCGGGCUUGAUGACAGCUUUUUUCGCCUCGGUGGCGAUUCUAUCUCGGCCAUGCAAGUUUCCGCAGCUGCACUGUCUCUCAAUAUCAGUCUUACUACCCGUGUCAUUCUUACUAAGAAGACCAUUCGAAACCUUGUCUCAAGUAAAUUGCCUCUCAAUAUGGCCUCACACCUCCGGGAAAGCCUAGCGGCGGAAGAACUACUCGAUGUUCCGUUCGGGCUCGCUCCAAUGCAGAAACUUUAUCUUGGGUUUCAAUCCGAUGCCGAAAUUUGCUUUGACCAGGGCUUCCUGCUGAAGCCUCGCAGCCUUAUUAAGCCUGCUUCAUUAGCGGCUGCUUUGCGCACCCUCGUCGAAAGGCAUUCAAUGCUACGAGCACGCUUCCAAAAAUCCUCAGACGGCAGCUGGGAACAACGCAUAAGCCGUGAUUUCGCUAGUUCAAUACGAAUGGAAUGCUUAGAUAUCGUCGAUUCCUCCCACAUGGCACAAGUCAUCGCUAAUGGCCGCACAAAACUAAGCAUUGAAGAAGGCCCCUUACUUCUUGCCCUCCUCUUAAACGUCAGUGGAGACCAGACUCUGUUCUUGAGCAUUCACCAUCUCGUUGUCGAUCUGGUCUCAUGGCGUGUUCUACUCCAGGAGCUGGAGGAAGUUGUGACCUUGAAUAAACUAUCGUCCCCACCACCUCCAAUCACUUUUCAAGCCUGGAGCUCACUUCAGACCGAAUAUGUUGCUAAAAGCCUGGGUUCAAAGGCCACUCUGCCCUUUGAAUUGCGGUCCCCACUUCUUUCCUACUGGGAACUGAACGCAAGCCCCAACUCCUUGACUACAACCGACACAUCACAAUUCAUUCUCGGCAGUGAGAUCACAGCUGCGCUCCUCGGAGGCUGCAAUGACGUAUUUCAGACCAAGCCCAUAGAGCUUAUGCUAGCUGCACUCUUUUAUUCUUUCUCUGCCAUAUUCCCCGACCGUCCCGUUCCAGCGAUUUUCAGCGAAGGCCACGGGCGUGAAGUAUGGGACGACGGAAUUGACCUGUCAAGAACCGUCGGAUGGUUUACAACCAUGUUUCCAAUUCAAAUCGCGCUUGAGGAAAAUCCAAGUCUUUUUGAUGCUAUCCAACAGACAAAAGACUCCUUGCGUUGCCUACUACAUAAUGGUUGGGCUUUCUUUGCCUCUAAAUUUGCUAGCCAAGCAUCAACCGCAGCGUUUGUAUCAGAGUUCCCCGUGGAGAUCAUCUUCAACUACCAGGGAAUAUAUCAACAACUUGAACGAAAUGAUGCAUUUUUUCGGAUGUCCCGGCUCCCCGAGGGAUGCGAGCCAGUCUCAGCUGCUCGGGUAAAUCGAUUUGCAUUGUUUGAAUUCCUCAGCGUGGUAGAGAAUGGCCAGAUGGCUUUCUCAGUCGUGUACCCCGAAGAACUACCGCAAAGGCAAAAGAUUUCUCACUGGAUGCACUGCUACGAGGCUACACUUACUGAAAUGGUCGGUCUUCUGAAUAGUCGACGGCAAGAAUGGACUCUUAGUGAUUUUCCUCGGUUUCCGGGUUCUUAUGACGUGCUUCAAGACUUCGUCAAAACCACCCUACCACGUCUUGGCUUCGAUGCCGAAGAAGUUGAAGACAUCUUCCCACUCUCGCCACUGCAAGAGGGAAUUUUAGCCAGCCAGGCGAAAGAUUGUUCCAACUACAGGCCGUGUGAGGUGAUGGAGAUUCUUUGCAACCAGCAAAAUGGGCAAGUGGAUUUGAAGAGGUUGGAGUCUGCCUGGCAGGCAGUCGUGCAGCGCCAUGCCAUACUUCGUGCAGUACUGCUAGAUCAUCUGCCCGGAACGAUGCGUGCAGUCCAUGUCAUCUUGAAGAACCCGUCCGUGAACAUCUCCUCCUUUAGUAGCAAAGAAAUUGCGGUUGGCGUCAGAAAGUUCCGCGACCACUAUAACCCGCUCAAUCAACAGAAGGGGUUACAGCACCACUUAUCAAUAUGCCAAGGGGGAGGACAGCGCGUCUUCAUCUGCCUCGAAAUCAACCAUGUUAUCACAGACGGCCAUUCAAGGUCAAUCAUAUGGCGCGAUCUGCUAGCGGCCUAUCAUGGCAACCUGGACUCUAGUCACACAUCCUACGGCAACUUCAUUAGCUACCUUGAGCAGGAAGACCAAGCUCCCGCUCGCCAAUUCUGGGGGGAUACCUGGCAGAAGUUGAACCAUGCUACUUUCCAUCACUACUAG